CCGGAAGUAUUGUUCUUAUUCUCGCUGACUUGACAUGUAUUUCCUUUCCCUCAGUUAGCCAGCCUUGCCUCAGCUUCAUGAGUGGAGAGAGCAACCUCUCGGACUGCUGCUUUAUCACUUUCACAGAUUGAGCCAUGAAUCAAGAAAAACUCGCCAAACUUCAGGCGCAAGUCCGGAUAGGCGGAAAGGGAACAGCCCGCAGGAAGAAAAAGGUUGUUCACAAGACAGCAACAGCUGAUGACAAAAAACUCCAGGGUUCACUGAAGAAACUGGCAGUGAACAACAUUGCAGGAAUAGAAGAGGUGAACAUGAUAAAAGACGACGGGACAGUGAUCCACUUCAACAACCCCAAAGUGCAGGCCUCGUUGUCUGCCAACACCUUCGCCAUCACGGGCCAUGCUGAGACCAAGCAGCUGACAGAGAUGCUACCAGGCAUCCUGAGCCAGCUAGGAGCCGACAGCCUCACCAACCUGCGCAAGCUGGCCGAGCAGUUCCCCCGGCAAUCAAUGGAGACAAAAGCAGUCAAGGAGGAUAACGCUGAUGAGGAGGAUGAUGAUGUGCCAGAUCUUGUGGAGAACUUCGACGAGGCCUCCAAGAACGAAGCGAAUUAACGAAUAAACCUCCAACCGUUUUACCUCUUGUGCACUCACAGAAGGGCAUUUCCUCUUGUGGGGAAACGGUUGUCAAAGAACUGCACUGUGUCUUCUCCGGAGACGCAACCCACAUCAGUGUAUCUACCACAAAAGCACAACAUGCAGAUACAUCACCUUUUUAUUUCAGUAGGCUAUCAGUAUUGUGGACCUGCUGAAAGACCAGGAUCUGUGCAGCUCUCAGCACCCAAAGGACUCAAUUGCCUUGGAAGUAAGCUUUCUACAUGGUUACACGUUGCUAGUAUUUAAAGAAAUUGUUUAUUCAAGUUCAAUAAAAAUGACUGAAGAAGUCACCUUAUAUAGGAGGGUGAUUUCUGAUUUAAUAAAACAUUUGGGCUAUUGAUGUAUUCCUUUUUUCUUGAGUUUUAAGAUUUUUUUUUUUUCUUUCCCAUGUGGGUCAGUGGAAGAAUAGUUGUCACCUCAGUGCCAACUAAUGGGAAUCAAAUUGAACACUAAGCAGUAAUAUUUUUCUACAUAGUUGCUUUGAUGGACAGUUUUUAAGCAGUGGGUGAGGUCUGUAUAGUAUGUGAAGUAUUUGUAAUUGGUGCUUAUUUCAUCAGUAGAAUAAAUAUUGCAGACAAAAGCCAUGCA